CCAGUUUUUGCGAUAAUAAAAUUGAAGUGGUGUAUCAUAAUCGUUCUUUUGUGUUUACAUUUUAGUUUUGUAAGAUUGUGUUUAUUAAAGUGAAAUUAAACUGCGUUGAACCAUUUUUUUUUUUAAGAAAGAAAAGAGAAUUGGCAUUCAAUCAACGUCGUAAAUAAGUGUUUAGCGUGUGUGCUUUUAAUAUUGUUUGUUUAUAAAAUUUGUUCGUCCUACGACCAGUAACCGCGACGAUUUUGAUGUUAAUUUUAAGUUAAGGAGAGGAAAAUGGUAAAAAAUACAAAUGGAAGGUGAUACUUGCUGUGAUCUAAUAAAAUUCUGGACCAAAUUCAAUGCGGUCGAAGACAGUUCGUCAAAGGAGAAGUGGCUGGAAUUAUUUCUGUUCGCUUUCAAUCAACUUUCUGAAUCCACAAACUAUGAUCACUUACACAAACAUUGUUCAAUAUCAUCAUCAGCGGCAUCCAAGCUGACGUCCUAUAUGCUGCAGGCUGUUUACGAUAUCAUUUGUGCAUCGCUGAAGGAAGUCACAGAUGAUUUGGACGUUCCGAAGAAGAAUGGAGACGAUAAGAGAGACAUCACAACUAUAGUUGCACUCAGGGAAUUUAUAAUUCAUGGCAUUGGCGGUCGUAUUCUGGAAGCAUUUCAAAGUCUUGACACAAAAAAAAUCAUAUGCGCCCGAGAAUUGACAAGUCUAUUGGUGAACCUAUUCCCAACACAUCCGUGGACAUUGUCCCAUCCCGAAUACAAGACAAAAUGCGUGGUCGACAAUUUAUGGAUGCUCCGAAAUGUGCUCGAAUCAAUUGAAAAUUUGAAAUUGCCGAAACGUCCGACUGAAAAACGAGGAAGCAAUGACAGCAUCUUCACUGAAAAUUCAUCAAGAAUUCAAUACAGCUUGUCAGCAUCGGAAGAUGAAUUGUUUAACGGCAUCGCCGUGUGGAACGACCCAGAACUGUACCAUUCGCCGGAGUUCUUGGAAUGGCAGUCAACCAACUAUUCGUGUGAUUACAUUGCGUCGAUAAUUUUCAAUUUGUUAAUGAAACUCACGGUCGAAGAGAGCAUACUGAGUGUCGACAAAAAGAGUGUCUGUGUGCAAAGUCUAAAUUUUUCGGUUGAGUGUUACUGUACGAUUGCUAAAAACGACGCGUUCCAAUGUGAAAACCGCGAACCAUUGCGAUCCAAGGCCUUGACGCUGUUGCUGAUGUGCAUGAAAAAUAUCAUGGUGAACGCUAAACGGUUUGAAGAUCAUAUCAAGGUGCUGUCGCUAUUCGAAAAGCUAUACGGAAGCAUCGGAUUGAGUGAUGGUGACUGCAUGAGCGCUAUUCAAUCGGAACAUGAGACCGGAUUCAUAUACUUUACAUGCCUGAUACUGCACAAGAUGCGUAAGCAUCCCAGCAUGAUCGGCGUCAAUAUGUUUAAUGUGCUAGCCACGCGAAUCGAUUGCAUUUUGAAUAUUGUGAAAGUGUACUUCGGGACCGGAAUGCCGGGCAAUUGUGGGAAUCUGUCCAAGUUGAUAAAUGUUUUGUGUAAGACAAUUUUCGACAUACGCAACCAUGACCUGCCUGCCUCGGAAAAAGUGAAAAAGAAAAGCAACAAGAAACGGAAGAAGGGCAAGAAAAGUGCUUGCUUCCAUCAUCACGACAGCACGUCACAAUUCGGUUGUGUGUCGGAGAGUUUACUGCUACAGAUCAUGCAAUACGCUUCAACCGCCAAUUUGGUGACCACUUUCCAAUUCUUUCAACGUAACAACAUAUGCUGCUGCAAUGCCAACUUGAGCACCUUCGCCCUAAUCGUCGACAAUGCGAGAUCGAAAAGUAUUCAAAAGUCGGCGUUGAGCUUCCUCAAAAACAAUUUCCUGAAAAUAUUUUACUGCAACACCGAGUGCGCUAUGUGCGAGGUGCAAAAACGCAAAACCAAUUUCGAGUGCAAUCUCAUCGCCCUCUACAAACAAUGGUUCCACGAGCUCCGACCGUCUUUCGAACUGACAACGUUCAUGAAUCACAUCGCCAAAAUUUCCAAGUACCUCACCUUCGACGUAUCGUCCCAAUUCAUCGUCGAAAUCGUGCUACCACCGUUUCGGAUCGAAAAAGGGCGCUACAUUGAGGCAACGAAAACGGCCGUCGGCCAGGAGAUCAUCGAAUCGUGUCUCAACACAUUCCUGUGCUUUCUGAAGGAUGUCCGAUUGAUCAAAGGAUUCUUCAACACGGAAAAUGUGCAGCACAUGGAAGAUCUCCUCUUUUUUCCGGAAUUUGUCAGUCUGACGUGCUGUCUGCUCAAAAUUGGAAUCGAGAAUUUAAGCUUUCUGGGUGAGGAUGCGAGCGAACAGGCGAUCUUGUCCGGCAAAUUGCGAUCGAUGCAAUCGACCGCAAUAAUUAGUGUCAGCAAUCGAUUGAUUCUGGUGUUUGAUGAAAUAGAGCGUGAUCGAAGCAUUGGCCUCAAAGUCACCGAUAGUGAUGUGCAAAAAACCUUGGACACAUACACCAACCAAUCGAUUAUUGUUUCUCCGCUGAAAGACCUAUUGCAUUUAGCUGUAGUCUACUGGAAUUUGAUACUUCAACUAUUGCGCACCAAUGAACAAAUUAAGAAUGUCAUACAUGAAACCAUAGUGAUAGAUCCAGGUGAUUUGCAGAAUAUUGUUUUCAAUUCGUUCAGUUGUUAUCUGCACUCGAAGCAGUUGAGUGGUGGUAGUGUGUUAAACGAUCGAUUGAUUGAAGACAUUGAGGAAUGGUUGCUUGCAAACGACGGUUAUGACGCUGCCGUAAGUGACAAUGAUGCUGUGAUUGUAAACGAUUCCCUAGAUUCCCUAAUUCCGUCCGAUGUACGUAUGGGAAUAUUGGACAUUCAAUACGAUAUCGAGUAUACGAAUUUAGUGGACAGUUUUUACACAACUGGCGCGACUAUUAACAACCGAAGCCAUACAGAGUUUGCGAAUGAAGAUAGUUUUAUGGACAGUUUGAUUGUGAACGAAUGUAAUUCAGUUGACGAUGUAAAGGCAACAGUGGAAGCAGAACAUAUAAUUGUGACCGGUGUGAAGAAGAUAACAAACUUUUUGACCAACAACGUUUUCGAUCAUUUCUUUGUGAACGGAAACACUAGCGAAGUGUCGUCAGACGAUGAUGUAAAACAGGUGAACGGUGAAGCCGAUUCGUCGAAUUACGUGAAAGACUACGACACAGUGGAGGUUACCUUGUUGUUUCUGCAAUUGUUCGAGAUAACAGCGGGAGUGAUGAUACUGUCGAAUUUGGAACGAUCGAGCAGUGCCAUUCGAGAGCUUAAGUAUCUCCUCAUAGAGUAUUGCAACACUACAACCGCAUCACAACCAGAGAAUGGAACGAAACUCAUCGGAGCUCUGCUUGCUCUAUUGAAAGUAGCUGAAAUGAAGUAUCAAUGUUGCUUCACCGCAAAUUGUCAUCAUUCGUUGCCGCCAUCCGAACGAGCCCUGCAAAAUCUUGUCAACACCAACGAAAACAGUGAAGCUUAUUGCUGUUCGUCGAAAAAUCGUGCAAAUGAAGAAGAUGUCUAUUCGAGUGACAUUGAAGGCAGCGAUGACGAAAGUACUUCAUCGGACAUUUAUACCACUGCAGAUGAAGGAUACGACGUCAGAUUGGAAUUAUAUUUUCAAAAUGCAGGUUCCUUAACUCAAUACCUUUUGCAGGGUGAUGCUGAGGUGAUUCAGGACACUGAUCCCGAAACUAGCAACCGAAAUUAUAAAUCGUCACGAUAUGGAAGUCAUACUGUCCAUGAUGGGCUUUGUCGCGUUGUUAUUGACAUAUUAAUUGACUUGUCCAAACGAUGCCUGCAAGAACCACUUUUCUGGCCUAAACAUCUCAUACAAAUUGCUUCACGCUUAGGUACCAUUCGUGAAUCGAUUGGUGGAUCUCUCUAUCUCAUACGAGGAUUUUCGAAGAUUUUGGCGUCGAACGAUUCUCGUUUACGAGAGUUACAGAAGUCGAUUUUGGAACUCAUCACCGAAAUCAACACUGCCGAAACUCUGUCCGCUUACUUGAAUAUCCUCUCCGGAGAUAAUGCGCCAGUUGAUUUGCUACUGCCGCGGCUCGUCUAUUUGGGAAAAGCUGCCUACCAAGUUCAACCUACAUGCGCCUUUCAAUUUCCUAGUAUCAACGAUGAAUCCAUCAAAUCAUCAUGUGAGCCAUUAAUACUGAAGGACAUUAAACAAAUCCACGACUACCAUGAAGUGCAUAAGCAGACAACGGCCUUUACCAAGGCAUCGUAUGUCAUACCACUGAAUUGUCUCAAUUUUUCGCCGUGGAAUUCCGAUGGAUUUACUGUAACUACGUGGAUUAAUAUGGCGCCACGGUAUGGCAAGCAUAAGGUCAGGUCGAAUAGUAGUUCGGACGAAGAAGAUCCGUUCCGUGAAAUUGUUGAAGAAAAAUCAAAAUUAGAAAAGCUGCAUCUGCUAUCGGUCGGUUCCAACAAAUUGCUUUUCACCGUUUACGUGAGCCCAACUGAUAGUAGCACCGUGUUUCUUCAACUCAGCAAACCAAGCGCUCAAUAUGCGGAAAGGAAAAUUCCCAAGCUCACCCGCAGCAGUACAGAAGUAAUGCCCGAUCCAGUACCGCCUCGAAAGAAAAGCCCAUGUCCAUGCACAUCACAACAACGUCGUCGCAAAUCGUCCAGAGCCAUUUCACCCAUACAGGACGAAUUGGAAUCGAAGCCAUCGCAGUCAGCGCAGCGGGAAUAUGUAAAAAAUGGUAACGGUAAACAGGGAGACGAAACUCUUGGACUGAAUGUCUUGUCGAGCACAUAUCAUGCCGUAAAAAGCACACACAUAGCCAUUCGCAACAGCCUCAGCCAGUUCAAUCUGUUUUCGUCUACGUCUCCCGAGGAAUAUUUUACGUCACAACUGCCGCUGGAAGUGAAGGGAUUGAAACUGGCGCACAAUCAAUGGAAACAUUUAAGCUUCUCCGUACUGUUUACUGGGUCCGAGAUGAAGGUGCGAAUAAUGGUCGACGGAUCGUUUCAACGAGACCUCAGCAUUCCGUGUUCACACCAAGUGAAGAACGAUAAAUUUCAAGUGCUGUGCGUCGGUUCCAAAUUAACAUCACCCAAGCUGGUAGAGUACAUCAAUAAUGACACGACGAAACCGAAACAGCCGGAGGUGGUGUACUCAUUGUCAAAUGUACAUCUGUUUCGAACGUGUAUCCUUGAAGCUGACGUUUUAGGAAGUUUGGUUGCUCUUGGUGCAGAUUAUAUGAGUCUUACACAGUGUCAGAUUGGCAAUGUUCUACCGAACUUCGGAUUUCUAAGUUCGAUGACCAGUUUGUCCGGAAAUGUUGAUUUUACAAGAGCGAUGACAAUUCUCAAGGACAAUUUGACUGUCGUUUUCGACUCUAUGGAUGCGAACAUCGUGUCUGGCUUUACGAACCGUGCAAGCAAUAGCUUAAGUGGUGGAGAGACUAUGGGAAUGAUCACGUUCGGCUCUGGCGCCAAUUGCUUGCAGAUACCUUCGUUUCAAACUGCGACCUUGUUAUGUGGUGGCAUGGCCACUUUGUUGUUUUUGUUUGCGAAGGUGGUGGAGCUGUCCGAUUCCGAAUUCAUUCAAUCGUCGGCCCUAACAUUUCUGCUCAAAAUUGCUCAUUCAAAUCCCCAUUUGUACACGGAAUUCAUUCGAAAAGACUACACCAGCCUGAUUGGACCUGUCAUCCAUUCGACUGGCUGCAUCAAGGGAAUCAAUUUGCUCAAUAGUAUCCUAGAAACGGCCUGUGAUAAACCGGUUUUGACGAAACGAUCGGAUGGUUUCCAUGUGGUGGCAACGGCAAAUGCGAACAUUGUCCAUCCCAACUUACUGAUGUCGAUAAUUCAUCGCUACUCCGAUUGGCAUGUGCCGAAAAGUCAUGACUCGACCAUAUUGGCUACGCUUCUGGAAACGUUCCAAGCACUCGUCCGGGAAAAGCAUCCAAGGCAAGCGCAAAAUAUCCAUUGUCUCAGCAAAGCCGGACUGAUACCAGCGUUGCUCAAUUUUUGCAAAGUUCAUUUGAUCUGUGUGACGGAACCAGCGUAUUUGUCUCGCCAGGCAGCUGACUCGAUUGUCAAUUUGAUGAGUAUUUUUGCGGGUUCGCCACCCAAUCCAUCGUUGCUGGACGAUAUAAUCAAAGUGCUACUGCUGUUGCAUCGUCCCAGCGAAAGCUUUAUAACGCACGAUCGGUCGAAAUUUUACUUCUUAGUCUCGUCGAUGGUAAUGGUGAAGCAAAAGCGGAUCAGUCUGCCCAUGUCAACGCGAAAAUUAAGCAUCAACAUUCGCCGCGAGAGAAAGAACACAGUUCCGAUGCGUAAGAGUCCAACCAAGGCACCAACCAUGAGAUCUGUGUCGAUGGAUCAUUCGUUGGAUCGUUCUGGCAGCUCAAUCAAUCAAUCAGUUGAUAGAUUACCGUCCACGAAUUCGGACGCCCGGGAAUGUACGAGGAGAGAAAAUGAAGCGACCGUCGAAAAUGGGACAGCGAAAGAGAAUGAGGCGCCCGUCGAAAAUGGAACUCACCUCAAUAAUUCUGGAUAUCCUACCGCAGAUGGUCUCGAUGCUAUUGUCAGUUAUUCAGCGGCUGAUCGUCGAAUGAAAAAGUUAUUGAAGCCAGGUCAACCACCGGCGUUGCUGCUCAAUUCACAGUUCAAGAAACGGUCGUUCAUUAAAAAGAAUAAAAUGGGCAAGAGGUCACCGUCGAGUCUAAGCUCCCGGACAACAACAGACAGCGAGACUGAGAAAGAUGCGAGAGGAAAAGGAACUGUUGCGGAAAGCGGCGUUGAAGACGACAUGCAACUGGUGAAAGACUACGAAGUCAUUGCCAUCGAGGAUGUUCGUAAUUUGGAGGAGAAAACGAAUUUCAAAUUUCAGCGACAAGAUCUGCCCUUCGAGAAUACGCAGUACGGCAUAACUCAACUGCAGAAUGGACUUUUCAAUUUAUUAAAGGAUUUCAUACUGAUUCUGCCGGACGCAUCGAUACAGGAGGUUCUGUCCCAUUACGUGACCGUCGACAUCAUUUUGAUUAUGGCCAAUCACCAAGACCCAGGCGUUCGAUCGUCCAUCGUCAAAUUGUUGUCGAAUAUCUGCAAUCGGCUUGACGAAUCCGUUCACAACAAUUGCACGAAAUCGUACCAUUGGCAUCACCUGGCCAAUCAAAUCUCUCUGCACAAAGCCGACGUGAAUUUGGUCACAAACAUUGUUCAAUGGGUAACGUCGCGGGGAUUGACCUUGUCGCUGGAUCAAUUGGUUGCUGAUAACAGUGCUCGAAUCGAAGAGAAAUGCGGUCUGUACUCGUUGAUCGCUAUUCUGCCGCAAUGCAUUCAUGAUUUGAAUCUAACGCAAAAUGUGUUCACAUUCAUGGACAAAUUGUAUGCGCACGAAGCGCCCAACAUGCGACGGUUUAUGAUCGACAUUGGCAUUCUACCGUCGGUGAUUAAGGCCGUAACGAAGUUCUUUUCCGCAUGGGGCACAACAAAUCCACGAGUGCUGGGCAGCAUUGAAAGUCUAAUGGGAACGAUCAGCUACAAGUCGCUCGCAUCCAAUGGGAACAUAAGCGUCGUUUGGGAUUUAUUGAACGGCCUCUCGUUUAUGGAAGAAAGUGAAACCCCAACGGUCCAACGUUGUCUCCGAUCCACCCAGGCUGUUAUAUUAAGCAAACUACUGGAAUCGUUUUUUCCAACCGAUCGUUUGCCGACUUCUGGAAAAUUCAAAUUUAACGCUUCCGAUGUCAAUCUCACCGAAUGCCUUCUGUCACUGAGCGAGAAGAAAAUUCGCUUCGAAUUGCUCGUAAAUCGAGCCCUUCAAUUCAUCACACACAUGGACUCGUCGUACAUCCAGACCGACGAGGAGAUCCGAUUAAUUGAAUCGAUGGUCAUUUUAUCAGUCAGUGGAUGUCCACAUGGCAAUAACAUCAUCGGCUGGGGUUUGUGUCCGUCUAGACCGUUGCCGUUGAAAAUAUUCAUCAUCCGAAAACUGUGGCAGCACUCGCGGUCCAACGUUUUGCCCACUUUAGCCUGUGAUGGCAAGGUUGUCAAAACCAUGGCCCAUAAGUUUAUGCAAACCGACGGACCCAUUUUAUCGGCAGAUGAUUUGGAAAUCUUGACAAAUGUAUGCAACGCCAUGGGAAUAUCGGCUGCGACGGCUUCAAAUUUGUCGCAAAUGUUGGAGAAAAUGGAAUUCGCACGAAAUUCGAGCAUCAAAGAUCAGGCACCAUCAAUCGAACGGACUGUUUUCAAAUUUGAGACGAUCGUUCAACACUGCAUCGAUUCGGCCAUGAAAAUCACCAGAGACGUGGUCGAGAUACAGAACAUGGAGCGACGAGUCUUAAUGAAUGCGAUGCGACGGUGUGACGAAAGUGGUCUGAGCAGAGAAUGGAACAAAAUUAUCGAACGGAUGACGCACGAAGGCGCGCCGUGGUGGAACGAAGAGAAGUAUCCGACGUCCUUUGAAAUGGAUCAAACGGAAGGUCCAUGCCGAGCGCGCAUUCGACUCAAAAGAUGCCAUUUGAACAUUGGCCGCAAAUUUCUAGUGUCCGAUGAUAAGCCAGCAAGCGGUCAAGAUAAUCGAAAUGCACCGCUGUCGUAUUUGGGGAAAUGUUUGGUUCAACGGCCUCAUUAUUCGCUAAGCGAUCAAGUCAUUUACACGUUUCCAUGCAAACAUCUGCCGGUUGACAGCGAAGUUGAUGGUGAAAUGGUGGUCACCGAGAGUCACGUAAUUUUCCUGGCCAACGAAUUGGACAAGGCUCCGAUUAUUAUCGACGUGUCCCAAGUGGCGGAAAUUUGGCUGCGACGCUAUCAGCACCAAGAGAUUGGAAUGGAAUUUUUCCUGGAAACGAACAUUUCGAAAUUCUUCAUUUUUGCGCACACCAACGACCGUGACAUCAUAAAGAAUUACUUCGCCGACAAGGUGGUCCAAUGUCCGGGUGCAUCCAAACUGGCCAUAGUGACCCAACAGUGGAAAGAACGACAGCUCACGAACUGGGAGUAUCUAAUCGCUUUGAAUCAAAUAUCCGGCCGCACGUUCCAAGACCUAAUGCAAUAUCCCGUGUUCCCGUGGAUUCUGGCCGACUAUAGAAGCGCCACACUCGACCUGACCAGUCAGAAAUCGUUUCGUAAUUUGGGGAAACCGAUUGCCGUACAACAUCCCGAAAAUGAGGCGCAUUACAUCAGCAAUUAUAACUAUUUGGAACAGGCUCGAAUGGCUUCGUCGGCUACUGGACUGAAUCAAUUCCUUCCGUACCAUUACAGUUCACAUUAUUCGAAUUCGGGAGUGGUUUUGCACUUCAUGGUACGCGUGCCUCCGUUCACGCACUUUUUCCUGCAUUAUCAAGACAACAAUUUCGACUUACCGGAUCGUACUUUCCAUUCGGUUGAUACUACCUGGCGGCUAGCCAGCAAAGAAUCGCCAACCGAUGUGAAGGAAUUGAUUCCCGAAUUCUUCUGCUUUCCGGAAAUGUUUGAGAAUUUCGAGCGGCUAAAUUUUGGCGUUCGUCAGUCGGGUGAACCGGUGUACGAUGUCAUUCUACCGCCGUGGGCCAAUCAAUCGAGCCGUCUGUUCGUGCUCAUUCAUCGGCAAGCACUGGAAUGUGAAAAUGUUCGGCAAAAUUUGCACAGAUGGGUGGAUUUGGUGUUCGGCUAUAAACAAAUGGGUCAGGAUGCCGUCGAUGCCAUUAACGUCUUCCAUCCAGCCACGUACAUUAGCUUCUCGAUGUCUGGAGUUUCGGAUCCGGUCGAAAAAACUGCUCUGGAAACGAUGGUUCGAACGUAUGGUCAAAUGCCACGUCAACUGCUAACGACACCACAUCCGUCUUCAUCGUUGCUUAAAUCGCCGCGCCCAUCGAUCAGACUACACAAUUUCCCAGUGAAGGGACUCAGUUGGGGCACGUUUACCGGUUCGCCUGAACUGUCUGAACCCGAAAUGGUCCGGUUCUACGAGCAGUAUGACCUUGAAUUUUCGAGUUUGGUUUCUCUUGUCGACACGAAUGUCUUGUACGGUCUGGCGGACCGCUGUAAUAUUAUGCAGGGUAAUGAGUCGGACACAAUUAACCUGAUUUCGUGGAAUGGCGGCGACGGAAUUAUCGGUAUACGACCGCUGUGCGAUGAAAGCUCAGCGACGAAGCCGUUAAUUCGGGAAUGCAAUUACGAUAGAGUCAGUUGCUGCGGUACAGAUCCUCAGUCCAAUCAGUUAUGGCUGGGACACAAAUCUGGCCGAAUUUCUGUGUAUCAGUGUCUAAGCAGCUCACAUUCCAAAUUGAACAAAAGUCGACUGUUAAACUCAUCCAUCAGCAGAUUGUCCUACAAUUCUGUGUUUCAGAAAAUGUCGUCCAAAGGAGGUAAAACCGAAUCAAUUGUCGACGCGGAUUCCGUGUGUCAUUUGCUUUUACAUUCGAUAGAGAUCGCCAAUUUGCCGGAGCUACAGAAUGAGUCUGCAAACAAAUGGAAGGAAGUUGUUGUCCUGAUCAAACACACCAACGAAGUGACUCAAAUCACCAUAUCAAAUCAAUUCAAAGUCGUCGUUUCAGUGGCAAAAGAUGGCUUGGCAGCUAUUUGGGAUCUGAACAACUUGCAGUUCAUUCGCUCCAUCGCUCCUCCAUCCAUUUGCAAAGCACCGAUUUAUUUGACAGCAGUAAGUCCAACAUUGGGCGACAUCAUAACUAUUCACAUAAUCGACACGAAUGCUCCGAACGCUUCCGACGACGAUCCAGACGCAACGAAUGAGUGUCUGGAAGCCACCGAAACUAUCGCCGACGAUUUUGUUACCGUUCCGACCGAGAUGAAUGGAAAAUCGUUGAUGCGGCUGCACACCAUCAACGCCAAAUACAUCACCCACAUAUCAAUCACCGAACCGAUCAAGUGUGUCAGCUAUUCGUUCAUCAAGGAAGGGACUGGAAUCAAUGCAAUUGCAACCGGUUUCGAUGGUGGCAUUGUACGGCUGUGGUCCAGUUGGGAUCUGACGUUGAUUAAGGAAAUAAAUGUUGGCCAGGGAAAUGUGCUGAGUCUAUGCUACUCCACCUACCAACAUCUGGUCGUUUUGACUUCACAAAAUAUUAUUCAAGUAUGGGAAUCACAUGGACUUCCGGGAAAUAUGCCAAAACUUCCACAACUAUUUUUUCAUAAGCGCAAUUAAGGACGAACAAAAUCAAUUAUAGUUUUUUUUGUAUAUUAUAGUUAAGUGAACAUUGUGUACUUAAAAUAAAGUCUUAGCAAUAACAACGAA